UCUCGGAGCGGAGACGGCAAAUGGCGGACUUCGAUACCUACGACGAUCGGGCCUACAGCAGCUUCGGCGGUGGCAGAGGGUCCCGCGGCAGUGCUGGUGGCCAUGGUUCCCGUAGCCAGAAGGAGCUGCCCACAGAACCCCCCUACACAGCCUAUGUAGGAAACCUCCCUUUCAACACAGUUCAGGGUGACAUAGACGCUAUCUUUAAGGAUCUCAGCAUAAAGAGCGUACGGCUAGUCAGAGACAAAGACACAGACAAGUUUAAAGGAUUCUGCUAUGUAGAAUUCGAUGAGGUUGACUCCCUGAAGGAAGCCCUGACCUACGAUGGUGCACUAUUGGGUGACCGGUCACUUCGUGUGGACAUUGCAGAAGGCAGAAAACAAGAU